GAGGAGGAGGAGACCGGAGUCGGAGGAGCGGGGCGCGGUGGAGAAGCCCGUGGCUUGGCCCCGCGCGCGCGUGCCGCGCGGGGUGCCACGGUGGGUGCUGCGUGCCGUGCUGGGUGUGCGUGUGGGUGCGUGAGUCUUGGCUGCGCGUGUGUGUGUGCGUGUGUGCGCUGCCUGCUCGUGCGCGCGUGUGCGUGCGUGCGCGUGUGUGUGUGCGCGUGUCCCCACCACGCAGGCCACCCCACGUGCCUGCAGUUCACGGAGAACAUGCGUGCGGCGGUGCGUGUCUAUCGCUGGCAGUGCAUCGAGUGCAAGAGCUGCAGCCUCUGCGGGACAUCCGAGAACGACGAGCAGUUGCUGUUCUGCGACGACUGUGACCGGGGCUACCACAUGUACUGCCUCUCCCCGCCCAUGGACGAGCCUCCUGAGGGGAGUUGGAGCUGCCACAUGUGCGUGGAGCAACUGAAGGAGAAAGCCUCGGCAUACCCAGGAAAGGCUUGAGAGCGCCCGCCCGCCCGCCCACGCCGGCCAGCCGGCCCAUCCGUGGACAGUCUGACGUCGGUCCCAGGGGUCAACCCUCCUCCCGGUUGAUGUGCCGUGAGAGGUUCUCGCUCGUGGUCGUGGUGGUGACGUGUCGCGUCGGCUUGCGCUGCAGAGCGCGCUCGCGACCCCCACUCGGCGCAUUCCGUCGCUGCGUCCGGGACCGUUUUGACUCGCGCCGCGAUGGGGGGCCCUGUGUGUGGAAAUGGUGGCGGUCCACCCCCUGCCCUCCCCCCGCCCCAUGUCACCCUGCCCCCCACCCCCUAGCCCCCCCCCCCGGCCCCCCCGGCGCAUUUUUCUGGUGGUUUCCCCCCCCGCGCGUCGUUCGGCGUUGACGUCGCGACGUUCCAACCACGUGCUGGGAGCUUCCCGGUGAACUUAGAACGGUUCCAACCGCGUGCUCGAACGCAAGCGCUGACGUUCACGGGAAACUUUGGAACGUUGGGCAAACGUUGGGCCAACGUUGUACGUUUACUGGAAACCCAGUAAGCAACUGAAAGCAUUCCAACGUUGAGCCGACGUUGGAAUGUCUACUGGGUUCGUCAGGCUCACCGUCUCGCACGCGACCAACUGCCCCAAUUCGUGCCCGACGCUUAAUUGGCCUCGGCACCCUCUGACCUGUGCCCGCGAAAUGCAUUCUGGGAGCAUUGCUUCACCCACAAGGACGUGUGGGUUGACCGACCACCUCUUGGGGCUUCAGAGCUCCUGGGACACACGCGGGGGGGGGGGGGCGAAACGUCGGACGUCGUGGCGAAAUGUCGCGCGCGGGUAUACAGUGCCGUACUGUGUGUAUAGUAGGGCACUGUUUGCUAUUUAAGGACCGCUCUCCGUGACGUUAUUUGUAUAUACACUGCUGUCACCUUCCAUUGCGUGAGUUUUGAGACAAAUGAAUUCGCCGGUCUGUUACUGCGCUGCCCGUGCGUGCGCGUGGGUGGGUGCGUUUGUGUGUGGCAACUCAUGGGGAGCGGUGGCACAGCGGUUAGCGCUACGAACCCAGCGACCCGAGUUCGAUUCCCGCUCACGGCCAACACCGGUGACGAUUAUCUCUGAACCGGUCCUGGGCCUGGUGCGGUGUGUAGUAAACAUCACCACUGGGGAGACAAAGGCGGCCGGGCGUGGUUACUGGCCACCCACCACCCCUCGCGUGCCGUGCCGGCCUUAAUAGGUGCUCGCUAACAGCACUUGCCCCAACAGUCUGUUACAGGCUACACGGGGGGGGGGGGAGAGGAUCUUUGUGCCAACUCAACGAACGAAACGCCACAGAUUGCCAAAUUAAAAGUGUCCGCUCCACAUUAUCGAGUGGCCUCAUCCCCCAGCCACAGCGGGCGGCUCUGCAACCGGCGGCUCCGGGACUUUAUUUAUUUAUUCAGCACCACCGCUGCCAGUCUCCUAUUCACCCGCAGUGCAUUGUGGCUCUUGGAAUAUUGAGUCCAGUUUUUUUUUACCGAAUUCGAACAAAAAAUGUCCCUUCCUCUUCUUCCUCUUCUGCCUCUUCUUCAUCUUUUUCAUCAUGUUGUUUUAGUUGGCGACAUCCCCCCCCCCUGCCCCAGCCACUCUCGCGAGUGAUGCAACGAUUUUACUUCUAUAGUGCGUCGUCGCUUGGCGGUCAAAGCCCGCGACAGGCCACGUUUGAAGAAAUUACCGGUAAUCUAUGGACGGAUUGAAUUACCGAGCGCGCUGCGGGUCACACCGCAGAUAACUGUGCACAAACGUUGGGCCAAUUUUUGGCCAACGGGUCAAAUCGCAUGCCAACAUUGGGCCAACGUUCAAUGCUUACUGGGAAGCCAACGAUGCGCCAACGUUGGGCCAAGAUUCAAUGCUUAUUUGGGAAGCCAACAUUGGCUACAAACAACCACAUGGCAAAAUUGGACCAAGGAUGGCAUGUUUACUAGAUUGGCAUGUUUACUAGAUUUCCAAUAAACACAGAAUGUUGGGCCAACCUUAGUCCGAUGAUUACAACGACAUGUCAACAUUGGCCCAACGUUUUCCCCACCGCAUCUCAACGUUGCCUCGACGUUGGGCGCCUUCACCGGGACUACUGAACCACCGUACACGGUACACGACAUCCCGUUUCGUGUGCUCGAGUCAAAUCGAUCGGCCGUUCAUAACAGAGGUUGUUUUUGGGGUCAGAUCGCGUAAGUAUGAAUGUGUCGUUAAACCCGCCACCGCCCGACGCGGCCAAUUCGUAAGGUUUGUCACGUAAAUGAAACGUUCCAAUUCGUUGCUAGUAGAGCACUAGCCGGUGUGUUGGAGAGUGAACCCACUACAACGUUUACAGUUCGAGUAGCCGUGACGUUUCGUCAGUAAUUACAAAAAGCAGCAUCAUCAGGCGGACAGCCAGGAGUUGUUACUUUCAAAUGUGUGAACUUGUGGCGGGGGGUGAGUAUGGAACCAAACGCAGUGCCAAGCCCCGCAAACACGAUCCCGACGGUCCCCUUCUGCGAUGCAUGCAGUCGCUCGCGCGAUACCCGCUGUACAAUAAAAUAGU